AUGGCGGCUGCUGUUGCAAUAGGCAGUACUCCUCUCUCAUCCUCUCUAUCUGUCCAAGAGAAGGGGAGUAGAAACAAGAGAAAAUUUCGAGCUGAUUCACCUCUGCCUGACCUUCACAAACUUGUUGGACCACAAAUUGAUCAUAUAACUUAUGAAUUGCCACCAGAGAAGCCUUCAGGAAAGUCUAAUCUUGAAAAUCAUCCCAGGUUGUGCGACUUGUGCAACAUUGCUGUGGGUCAUCCGCGGGAGGAAAUGGGUAUGGAAGAACUCCAAGAAGUAGAUUGGGAUGGACCAGCAGAGGCCAAACUGGAGAACCUUCUUUUAAAACAUUUGGACAGCAUUUUUAAGACUGCGAUUAGGAAAAUUGUUUCCCAUGGAUUUACCAAGGAGGUUGCCACUAAAGCUAUCAUGAGGACAGGCCUAUAUUAUGGUGACAAGGAUACAGUUUCAAAUAUUGUGGAUAAUACAUUGAAACUCCUAAAGAAUGAGCCAGGGGGGCAACCCUCUUCUGGUGAGUAUUGCUUUGAAGAUUUGCAACAAUUGCAGAAGUAUGUUUUGGCUGAAAUGAUUUGUGUUCUUAUGGAGGUCCGUCCUUUCCUCAGCAUAGGAAAUGCAAUGUGGUGUCUUCUAUUAUGUGAUAUCAAUGUUUCACAUGCAUGCGAAAUUGAAAACGAUCCUUUAAACAGCUUCUGCAGUGAUGAUUCGAGAGAUGAUCGAUCUGACAUCCAGUCAAAACCAGAUGCAAAUGUUUCCAGUGCUGCCGGCUUGAGUGUGGCUGACUUUAGUACCUCAGAGCCCGAGAAAACCAACCCUGUGUUGUCUUCUCCUCAACAUGUCCCUCAGGCUGAAUUGCCAACUGUGAGUGGCAUCCCAAAUUUGCCAGCUGGUAGGUUCUCUGCAUCAAGGAACGUUCAGGGUAUCAGAUUCGCUCCUAAGUCGGGACAAGGAAAAGUGUUUGCGUCCUCUGAUCCCUCUGCAGAGGAAUCGAACACUUCGUCUGAAUCACAACCAGUUCCAUCAAAAGAAAAGUGUGUGGUUGGUAAAAAGGGGCAUGGAGGAACUUCUAAGAGAGAAUCCAUCCUUCGUCAGAAGCCAAUUCACUUUGAGAAGAGCUAUCGGGGGUAUGGAAGUAAAGGUAGUUUGAGAACAACGAAACUCGGUACCCAAGGUAAUUUUGUUUUUGACAGAAAAGGUACAACAGUUUCUGCUUCCAAUGGUGCAAGUUUGAAUAAUACCUCAAUGAAGUUGAGUGAAGGUGUUGGCCGGGAUGUUAGUCGAGCAGAUAAUAGUUCAAACCUUUGUUUCAGUACUAGGAUAUCUGGAAGUUCUUCCGGGCCGAAUUCAUUGAAAAGCCCAUCUUCGUUAUCUACAUUCAAUACUGAACUUUCUUUAUCAUUAACUCCUACGAGGAGCGACGGUGUUAAUCAUAAAUUGAACUCUUGUUCUGAGGCUGAAAGCUGCAGUAGUUUCCAUGGAGUACCAUCAGAUAAAAGAUGUGAACAGUGGGUUCCGGAGGACAAGAGGGAUGAGACAUUGCUGAAGUUUGUUUCACGUGCCAGAGCAUUGCAAGCACAGCUGCAGGAAUGGACUGAGUGGGCACAACAGAGGGUAAUGCAGACCGCUCAUAGACUGAACAAAGACAAGGCUGAGCUACAAAGCUUGAGACGUGAGAAGGAGGAGGUGAUUCGUCUCAGGAAGGAGAGGAAAUCUUUGGAAGAAAGCUCUUUGAAAAGACUUGCAGAACUAGAGAAUGCAUUGAUAAAAGCUGGUCAUCAGGUUAAUAGGACGAAUGCAUCAGUGCAAAAGCUUCGGGGUGAAAAUGUCAAAUUAAGGUAUGACGUGGAGGCUGCAAAGUUACAUGCUGCAGAAUCAGCCGCCAGUUGUCAGCAAGUCUCCAACAGGGAGGUGAAGAGAAACAAGCAGUUCCAGUCGUGGGACAGAGAAAGGGCAUCUCUGCAGGGGGAGUUUCUAGCUGAAAAGCAUAAACUAACGCAAGUACAGCAACAAGUGACACGAGCUAAGGAGGAUCUAGAUCAACUUGAGGUAAAUAGUUUUAAGCCUAUUGGAGCGUUGCCUUCUGAUGUGCGCAGAUUUUUGGUGUUUGUUCUACUGAGUUUGUUGCUGGAAAGCACUUUAACAUUUUAUUUCUUUGACCACUAUCAUUUUAUUUUUAUCCGUAUAAAUUUGCAGUUACUCCUUGUCUUUAGCUGAAUCUUGAGAGUUGAUGGGCAGAAACGUUCUUUUAUAUAUUAUUCAGCGUACAAUAUUUCUUUCUCUUCUUUUUUUGUUCCUUUUUCUUGCUCUGCGAUCAGUUUAUUCACUCCACAGAUCAUAGCACUAGGGCACAAUGAAGGGUAGAUUAAGGCAGUGAGUCUAGACCUGAAUAUCUCUAUAGACGGGAGGUUGCAUUCCGCGUACACUGAUGGCAAAUCUAGAGCUGCCACUUAUUGAGAACCUGAAUGCCUUUUUCAUUUUAUUGGAUUGUUUUAUGUUUUCGGUUGUGAUUGAACGCCGUGCCUUCUGGUUGAGUUUUGCAUCAAUGACACUCGAGUACAGAAAAUAAAUAAAUUAUAUAUAUAUAUAUAUAUAUAUAUAUGAGAGCUCCAUUUACACUUAGGGAAAAGAUCAACGUUUUAAGUUUCGGGUAAUUUGUCUGCUGAUCUACUCUUUGGGUGUUCUCCUGUUUUCGGUUCUGCUUCAUGUUGUUGUUAAUUUAUUUAUUUCCUGAAGAUGGAUGAGAGUAACUAUAGAGAAGGAGAAGCCAUCCAACAAAUUUUUAGAGCAAGCAUUAUACAAACAAAGUGAACAAUAUUAAACGAAUGUUUGCCGUAUUAAUGCAGUUAAAUAAUUUCAGAGUUGUGUUUAUUCUUAGCUACCAUGCUCCUAUUCACUACGAUAUUUGUGAAAGUGUGAAGGAUGAGACUCGCUUUUCCUCCUAUCAGAGCUAUUAAUGGCAAUUUCCUUUUUUCCGGCCAAUAUGCAGCCUCCCUCCCCUGUCUUGUCUGUUCUAUUCUUAUCUGCAGCAUCAGUAGAAUGAGCAUUCAUGAGUACAGAAAUUUCUUCAUAUCCAUCUAUAGUAACAUCAAGUUUGGCUUCACUGAUAAUCUAGAGAGAGAUAGAGAGAGAGAGAGAGAAGGGGGCCUAUAACGAGAAGUCAACGUUUCCAUUCUCGUUACUUUCUUACCUGUAUUUUAUUUUAUUUUGAUCCUCGUUCGAGGAAGUUCUCAUGAAAUAUUGGAGACUAGUAACUUUGAGAUGGCGGGAGAGGAAAUUAUUAUGAUCUGAAUGGGAAUCCAAUCUAAGGUAAGAAGUGAGAAUUCCCCAAAGUGAUGAUCUGAUAUUUCUGAUUUUACAAACCUUCUCUCAAUGGAAGUCGCUGUAGGUUGAGGGGAUUGUGGGUUCUCCUUUGAAUCGUGAUAUUUCUAGGUUGCUCAGCCUCUGUCAAAUGAGCUCAUUUUCUUCAGUAAUUUAGUUCUAAAAUCCCCAUUAAUUCAUGCUACCAUUGGAUCAUCUGCUCUCUCUCUCUCUCUCUCUCUCUCUCUCUCUCUCUCUCUCUCUCUCUCUCUCUCUCUGUGAUGAUGAUGAUGAUGAUGAUGAUGAUGAUGGGAUGGAACUGGAACCUGCAGGCGAGGUGGGUCCAAGAGGAGAAGAUGAAAGCGGAGGCGCUCAAGAGAGCGGAUGCAGAGCGAGAGGAGCGGGAGCUGCUCGAGGCCUCCGCAAAGUCUGAGGAAGAAGCCAUGAAAGCCGAGGCGGAGGACAAUCUGAGGGGAUACAAGGACGAGAUCCGGAGACUGGAAGCCGAGAUCGCCCGGCUGAGGCUCACGGCGGCGGACCCCGCCAAGAAGCUGGCGGCGGCGCCGCGGUGGGACUCCGGCGGGUUCCCGGCGGCGGAGGAGGAAGAGGAAGAAGAAGAAGAAGAAGAGGAAGAGGGGGAAGAGGAAGAAGAGGUGAGGAGGGAGAGGGAAUGCGUGAUGUGCCUGUGCGAGGAGAUGUCGGUGGUGUUCCUGCCCUGCGCGCACCAGGUGGUCUGCGCCAAGUGCAACGAGCUCCAUGAGAAGCAGGGGAUGAGGGACUGCCCCUCUUGCAGGGCUCCCAUCCAGCAGAGAAUCAGGGUCCGCUACAGAGAUUCUUAA